GACCAAUAACAUAAGCAUGAAUGUUUGAUUAAAAAUAAAAAAUAAAAAAACAAAGCAUGGACUAACAGUAUAAAUAAAUCCGAAUUGAGCGUAAUAUUCAGUAACACACCUGACAUCACCAUGUCCACUCUACUUCAAUCCUCUUCUUUCAUUUCUUCUUCUCCGAUCAAUCCUUCCCGUCCUCGCAUCUCCCUCCGUAACUCCUCCGUCAGAUGUAACAAUGUAGUUCAAUCUGGUAAUUUCGACAACGGAAAACCAUAUCGUUCAACUCAAUCAUCUUCACAUAACGUUACAACUUCCAUUCCCAGUUUUCUUCUCGCUCCUGAUACUCGCAGCAUCCAUGAUCUCGUUAACAAAAAUCGUCUUCGUAUUUUCUCCGGUACCGCUAAUCCUGCACUCGCUCAGGAAAUUUCAUGCUAUAUGGGCCUGGAUCUGGGAAAAAUUAAGAUAAAACGUUUUGCUGACGGUGAGAUAUAUGUCCAACUGCAAGAGAGUGUCAGGGGCUGUGAUGUGUUUCUCGUGCAGCCCACUUGUCCUCCUGCGAAUGAGAAUCUUAUGGAGCUUCUUGUAAUGAUUGAUGCCUGUAGGAGAGCUUCAGCCAAAACUAUUACUGCGGUCAUUCCAUAUUUUGGAUAUGCUAGAGCUGAUAGAAAGACUCAAGGGCGUGAAUCAAUUGCUGCUAAGCUUGUAGCAAAUUUAAUCACAGAAGCAGGAGCAAAUCGUGUUCUUGCAUGUGACCUCCAUUCUGGACAGUCUAUGGGAUACUUCGAUAUUCCAGUUGAUCAUGUAUAUGGACAGCCUGUUAUACUCGAUUACCUUGCCAGCAAGACUAUUUGUUCGGAUGAUUUGGUUGUUGUCUCGCCAGAUGUCGGUGGUGUAGCUAGAGCACGUGCUUUUGCCAAAAAGUUAUCUGAUGCUCCUUUAGCUAUUGUUGAUAAAAGGCGUCAUGGACAUAAUGUUGCGGAGGUGAUGAAUUUGAUAGGUGAUGUAAAGGGAAAGGUAGCAGUUAUGGUAGAUGACAUGAUUGAUACUGCGGGGACCAUCUCCAAAGGUGCGGCUCUGUUGCAUCAAGAAGGGGCAAGAGAAGUUUAUGCAUGCACUACACACGCUGUUUUCAGCCCUCCUGCUAUUGAGAGAUUGUCAAGCGGUUUAUUUCAAGAAGUUAUCAUAACUAAUACAAUUCCACUGGCAGAGAAGAACUAUUUCCCCCAGUUAACAGUCUUAUCAGUGGCAAACCUUUUGGGCGAGACCAUAUGGCGUGUUCAUGAUGACUGCUCAGGUGGAAUUGAACCUUUUUCCAGUUUGGGCAUUGAUUGAACAAUUUGUUGUAUCCAUGUUAUGCUGUUCCAGCUUAUUACACUGCAGUAACAAGACGUGGCAGAAUGGUAUAAGUCGAUUUAUAGCAAAAGCUUGUCUUUAGUAAUAAUACCUUUUAGAGAGCUUUUGGGGAAUUUAAUUUUUUGUACUUAAACCCACUGUAGGUAUAUUUUAAAUUCACAGGGAAUAUCAUGUCUUAUUUUUUUUUUUAACCCUUGAUUGAGUACAGUUUUGUAAGUAAAUGUUGAAUUGUGUGAC